CUAGAGCUCUUCUUCUUGAGAAAAUUGACGUCACGCAAACGCCAUUUUGUAAAGUGUCCGCUUUAGUCAAUUUUUUGAAAAAGUGUAAAAUAGUUAUUUCGCAUGAUUUUGUGUACAUUAAAUACCUAAUAAAAGCCAAAGUUUGAAUUAACGUCUUGUACGUUAAUCACACACAUAAUUAUAAUGGAGGACAAGGCGUCGCUUAAAGAACUAGAUCAAUGGAUACAACAGCUAAAUGAAUGCAAGCAAUUGACAGAAAAUCAAGUUAAAACGUUAUGUGACAAGGCAAAGGAGAUCCUGACGAAGGAAUCUAACGUCCAAGAAGUAAAAUGUCCGGUGACCGUAUGCGGCGACGUGCACGGUCAGUUUCACGACUUGAUGGAGCUGUUCCGCAUCGGGGGACGUUCUCCGGAUACCAACUACCUGUUCAUGGGCGACUACGUGGACCGCGGCUACUACAGUGUCGAAACGGUCACAUUGCUCGUUGCGCUUAAGGUGCGUUACCGCGAGAGAAUAACCAUUCUGCGAGGAAAUCACGAAUCGCGUCAGAUUACUCAAGUGUACGGCUUCUACGACGAGUGUCUCCGGAAAUACGGCAACGCGUCCGUCUGGAAGCACUUCACCGAUCUAUUCGAUUUCCUGCCCUUGACGGCGCUCGUAGAUGGACAGAUAUUCUGCCUGCACGGUGGACUCAGUCCGUCAAUCGACACCCUCGACCACAUCAGAGCUCUGGACCGUCUGCAGGAAGUGCCCCACGAAGGACCCAUGUGCGAUCUCCUCUGGAGUGAUCCCGAUGACAGAGGUGGAUGGGGCAUAUCUCCCCGUGGAGCCGGCUACACGUUCGGACAGGACAUCUCGGAGACGUUCAACCACAGCAACGGGCUCACGCUCGUGUCCCGCGCCCACCAGCUCGUCAUGGAGGGGUACAACUGGUGCCACGACAGAAACGUCGUCACUAUAUUCUCAGCGCCCAACUACUGCUAUAGAUGUGGUAAUCAAGCCGCCAUAAUGGAAUUGGAUGAUGCACUCAAGUAUUCAUUCCUGCAGUUCGACCCCGCCCCGCGCCGCGGCGAGCCGCACGUCACGCGGCGGACGCCAGAUUACUUCAUGUAGGCUGCCCAAAAGGCGCAUAUCAAGCAGGAGCCGUGCCAGAGGCCCCCUGCCCCCCGCCGCCUCGCCGCUUCCCCGCGCGCCCCCCCGCCACGGCUCCGCCACCACUACUCGCGUUCUGCACGCCGUCACCCUACUCAACACAAACACUAUAAACCCGUUUACACAGAAUAUGACACAGGACCAUUCGUCUACUUACGUUCUUUUAACAUUUUAUUGACCGUAAUCGAAGGGCACAAGGGCGUACGUAACAAGCCUUGUCAUUUGUCGAAUUGGCAAUGGUAUUAUACAUAUUGUUAAAAUUUAACAAAGACCUUAAAUGCUUUUUAUAAGAUCGCGCACGAGCGUGUCAAACUAUAAAAUGCAUAUUGCGAAGAUUAGUACAAGGUUUUUUUAAAUCGUCAUUUUUGUACUGCUCAUUCUUGCCCGCGGGGUCCAUCGAUUGCGUUCCUGCAAGUUCGAUCUUCGCGUGAAUGUGUGCGUGUGUGAUGCGAAGUGUGUUCUGUACGCGGACUUAUUCUGGUGCGUUUUGAAAAUUCGUUUAAAGUGCGCGUAUAUACAAAACGUUACGAGAAUAAGGCCCCUCUGCUGUUCCAUUUUUUAAAUCCUGUACGUGCGAGAUUGCUAGUCAAUGUGUGAUUGGAAUACGUUAUUGUUGUACACACACACUGCAACCGGUGUAGUAGUGGAACGUUUUGUACCUUCAACGUGUGCUUUAAAUUCGAAACUUGGUCUAAAUUGUGUCAAAUAGUAAGUUGUGGUCGUACUACGCGGUGUUGUCUUCAGCGUCAGAAUCGCGCGAAUAUUAAUGUCAAAAUUAUAAAAGCUUGGAAACAAUCGGUGCUCUAUGUAUAUUGCAAACGAUUAUUAAUCUAUGUCCGUACAUAAUUAUAGAUUUAUCUUUGGUAAUAUAGAUAGAGUAUCGUUGAACGCAUGUUUCGUAUCGAAAACGAGCAGUCCAAUAUAGAGAGAUUGUAAAGUUUUAAAGGUGAUUGUGUAAAAUGAACUAAGAAGCUUUAUAGCGAAUUUGGGUAACGUCUGAUGAAAGUAUUUGCGUAAAGUUUUCUUGUUACAUUUUCUGCGUGACGGUUAAAUGUCGCGCGUCAUGUGUGACUAGGGUUCACGUUAGUAGAGGAGGGCGGGGCCAACUAAUUGCCCCUUGCACGGCUUCACCGGACAGUAUUUGUUGGAUGAGAAAUUCUAAACUAGCCUUACCUGACUGACUGGCUUCAAGUUUUGGCGAGAUCAAUUGAAAUUUUUUGUGACCAAUAUGUGACAAAUACAUGUUAACACGAUAUAAUGCUUUUGUGUAAUUUCUCAUCAGCAAACAUUGUCUCGUGGAGUCGCAGACGUGCGGGCGCGCGCGUUAUGCUGGUAUGUUCAUUAGCAGCCGAAAACAAAAUGUAUUACAACAAUAUGUAUCAAAGACAAUUAGACCUCAUUAAACGGCGUUCAUUUGCUAA